AUGCGAAACAACAAAAAAGGAACUGCCGGAUUUAGUCGAUAUCCCUCCGCAAGGAGUACAGUUCGAAGUAGUCGAUUUGAGGAAUGGCCUUCACAUCAAAGACAACAAACACAAGCAUUUCCCCAACAACAACAACAAUAUUCACCUCAUUUUGAAGGAAUUAGUUCUCAAACAAUGGAGGGAAUGGUUCCAACUAGUCAGGGACAACAAAUGGGAAGUUAUCCCAGUCCUCAACAAUUCCCAGUUGUUCAGGAAUUGCAACCUGACUACUUUCAGCAACAAGGUCCAAUAACACAAACGACUGUAUAUCAAUAUGACCAACAACAACCAAGAACUUCAGCAUCUUAUCAUAUGUCUUCCGUUUAGA